AAGAAGAACCGCCUCGACAGGAAGUGAGGGAAGCGGGAGAUUAGAAAACGUAAACAAACCACUCGCUUCUGGCGUUAACGUCUGUUUCACGAAGGAAAAAUGUUGAACAAGGCUCCAAAACUGAAAAAUACUAUUAGGACGAAAGCGAAGGGUGACAUAAACGUGAGGCCGGCGUCUGAGGCGAUGAUUGAGCUGCUGACGCUGGUGUUCCUGAGCAGCCUGGCGGAGGAGGCGAAGGCCAACGCGUUUGAAGAGAAGUCUGCAACGAUCAGAGCUCAGCACGUCAGAGCCGUCGCCAAGAAAAUGCUGAAAAAAGCAAGAGGAUGACGAAAGUGAACUACAUUGUCAUGGACAGCAGCAAUAUGUUUUUAGAUAUAUUUUUGGUGUUUUUUAAAUUAUGUUUCUUGCACAAGCAAAUGUCCUGUAUCUAUUUUCCUGUCAUAUUUUUUUUUGCUUUAAUAAAUUCUGGUGAAUCUUA